AUGUCCUGCAAGAUACGGUUUUGUCAGCUCCUGCAGAUGGAGCUGAGCAGGGCGCAAGGACAAUAUCAGCAGGUAAAUGUUCCUGAAGACCAAGCAGACAAGUUGCUCCUUGCAAGCUGGGGUCUUCCCAAAGCAGUUCUGGAGAAAUACCACAGUCUGGGAGUAGUACAGAUGUUCGAAUGGCAAGCAGAGUGCCUAAUGCUUGGACAAGUUCUGGAAGGGAAGAACCUAGUUUACUCAGCUCCUACCAGUGCUGGGAAGACUCUUGUUGCUGAAUUGCUCAUUUUGAAGCGAGUCUUGGAGACUCGUAAGAAAGCUCUUCUGAUCCUUCCCUUUGUCUCUGUGGCCAAAGAGAAGAAACGUUAUCUGCAGGCCUUGUUUCAGGAGGUGGAUGUGCAAGUUGAAGGCUACAUGGGAAGCAUCUCUCCCGCUGGACAUUUCUCUGCCCUGGAUGUUGCUGUCUGCACCAUUGAGAAAGCCAAUGGUCUAAUCAAUAGACUCAUAGAAGAAAAUCAAAUGGACUCGCUGGGAAUGGUGGUUGUAGAUGAGUUGCAUAUGCUGGGAGACUCUCAUCGAGGAUAUCUCUUGGAACUCCUCCUGACCAAAGUUCGAUAUGUUACAGAGAAGGUUGCAAAGCGACAGGCAAAGAUGACCAGUCCUGGUUUUAGUGGGAUACAGAUAGUAGGCAUGAGUGCUACCCUCCCUAACUUGGGACUCCUAGCCUCGUGGUUGGAUGCAGAGCUGUACUGCACAGACUUUCGUCCUGUGCCCCUCAUGGAGUGGGUGAAAAUUGGCAGCAACAUUUAUGACUCUUCCAUGGGUCUAGUGCGAGAAUUCCAGCCCAAGCUUCACCUGAAGGGAGAUGAAGACCAUAUUGUGAGCCUGUGUUAUGAGACUGUCUGUGAUGGUCAUUCAGUCCUACUCUUCUGUCCAUCCAAGAACUGGUGUGAGAAGCUGGCAGAUGUCAUUGCCAGGGAGUUCUACAAUUUGCAGCAAGCUGAGAGUUCUGCAAAAAACUCAGCCCUUUCCCCGGUUGUUGUGGACAGAGAAGGGUUAAACGAGGUUCUGCAUCAGCUAAAGCAUUCUCUCUCAGGCCUGGACUCUGUGCUCCAACGUACUUUACCAUGGGGAGUGGCAUUUCAUCAUGCAGGUCUUACUUUUGAUGAACGGGACAUGAUUGAAGGAGCCUUUCGCCAGGGCUUGAUUAGAGUCCUAGCAGCAACCUCCACGCUCUCAUCUGGAGUGAAUUUGCCUGCACGCCGAGUAAUUAUACGAACUCCCGUGUUUGGUGGCAAACUGCUGGACAUUCUCACUUACAAGCAGAUGGCUGGAAGGGCUGGCAGGAAAGGAGUAGACACAGUGGGGGAGAGCAUUUUAGUUUGCAAGCCCUCAGAAAGAUCGAAGGGAACGGCUCUGCUUCAGGGAUCUCUCAAGCCUGUUUGCAGUUGCUUGCUUAGAAGGGAAGGGGAAGGUAUCGCUUCUAGCAUGAAACGAGCAAUACUUGAGAUCAUAGUGGGGGGAGUGGCCAGCACUCCAGAGGAUGUGCAGACCUACGCUUCUUGCACUCUUCUUGCGGCCAGUUUGAAAGACAGUAAGUGGGGAAAUGAGAAAGAUCAAGACAAAGUGCAGAAUGGAGCUAUUGAGGCUUGUGUGGCAUGGCUGCUGGAGAAUGAAUUCAUUCAGGUUCUGGACUCUGCCAACAAAGCGAAAGUGAAAGUUUACCAUCCAACACAUCUUGGCUCAGCUACUCUUUCCUCUUCUCUUUCACCAACUGAAGCCAUGGGAAUCUUUGCUGACUUGCAGCGAGCUAUGAAAAGCUUCGUUCUGGAGAAUGAUCUGCAUAUUGUCUAUUUGGUUACCCCAGUGUAUGAGGAGUGGACCACAAUUGAUUGGUACCAGUUUUUCUGCCUAUGGGAGAAGCUACCUGCCUCAAUGAAGCGUGUAGCUGAGCUGGUGGGGAUUGAAGAAGGCUUUCUGGCUCGCUCUGUAAAGGGCAAAAUCAUAGCUAAAACAGAGAAACAGCAUAGACAAAUGGCCAUCCACAAAAGAUUUUUCGCCAGUCUUGCCCUCCUGGAUUUAAUCAGUGAGAUUCCCUUAAAAGAUAUGACCAAGAAAUACGGUUGUAGUCGUGGCCAGCUUCAGUCCUUACAGCAGUCUGCUGCCGUCUAUGCAGGAAUGGUAACAGUUUUCUCUAAUCGACUGGGCUGGCACAACAUGGAACAGUUGCUUUCUCAGUUCCAGAGCCGACUCACUUUUGGUGUUCAUAGGGAGCUAUGUGACUUGGUACGCAUCUCUCUGCUGAAUGCGCAGUGUGCUAGGAUGCUUUACAAUGCUGGCUUUGUCACAGUGGCUGAUCUUGCUAAAGCCAGCGCUGAUGAUGUGGCGACUGCUCUGAAGAAUUCAGUGCCAUUUAAAAGUGCUCGUAGGGCUGUGGACGAAGAUGAAGAGUCAGCGGAGGAGCGUCGGGCUAUGCGCAGCGUCUGGAUGGCCGGAAUGAAGGGCUUAAGUGAAAGUGAAGCGGCUUCCCUCAUUGUGGAGGAAGCCCGGGGACUUCUNNAGCAGGACUUGGCACUGAUGGGAGUGCAGUGGAACCCAGAGUCUUUUCUUGAGUCAAAUACAUCCUCUGUGACCAGCAAUGAGUCAGAACUGGAAGACAGAAUACGUAGAUCAAGUGGAGAAUGGUCUUCUCAGUCUUCUAGGGUACUAAACAAGCAGUGGCACACAGUUCAGCGUUGCAAUGGCCCUGGUUCUGCGGCUGGAAACUUAUCAAAUAUUAAAAAGGGAUAUAAAAGGCCACUAAGUGGUAGUACAGCAACCUCCAGAUUUCAGAGCGAAGUCCCAGGCAGGGGACAGGUUCGGGCAGAGGAAGGAAAUGGUGAUGUUGUGCGGAGUGCUAGAAAAAGGCCAAAUAUGAAUCGAGAUAAGGAAAACAUGGAAGGUAUUUCUCAGGUCAAAACCAAGACAGAUUCCAGGAGAGCAAUUCUACAACUCCCUAGUGAGCAGGGAGAGACACCAACAUUGAGAAAAACGUCUUCAGCUUCUAGAUUGAUAAGAAGUAUGGACACACAUUUAAAACGGACUAGGAACAAAACUACUUCAGAAACCGCUUCAAAACUGCGGAGGUCACUGCUUGAAGAUUCAAAUAUGCUUAGCACAGACAUACAGGAGCCUUCUGCUUUCCACCACCAUAUUUCUAAAGAUAUUUUUUUUCCUGACCAAAAUAAUAGGGAAUUUAUAGAAAAAGGGUCUGUGACUCAUGAAGUCCCAAAUUCUGUGCAGAUAGGGGAAAUUAACCUUGGCAGCAAAAAUAAAAUGUCAGGAUUGUUUACAGAGCCUUCCACCACUCGUGAAGGGAUGCCUAAGGGGAGAACACGUUUUCAGGCAGGUAUUGUAAUGCAGGGUACUUCACAGGUCAAUAUGGAGAUAGAUGAUAUUGUAGAAGGUCCGGUAAUACCUACUAGUGCUAGGACACUGAGAAAUGAAAAUAUCGAUGAUAAGCAGAAUGAAAUCAAUAAAAUGCAAGCAGGUAAGAGCUGUGCUGACGAGACGGUUGGUAAGUGGCAGACUGCUCUGGACACAGAUCACUGUAAUGUAACUGCCAGCUGUUCUGGAGAUGGACAUGUCCAUAAUGGUAGCAGGAAACAGAAUUCUGUGCAUUUUUGCCCUGGUGAGGAUAAAUCCUGCCACUUUCAGAUUCAGAAUAGUGGCAAAAAUAGGAGCAAAAAGCCUGAUGGAAUAUUAUUACCUGCUGGAGGAGUGCAGAAAGCCAACAGUCAUCCUGAGGAUUUUCUGAAAGACACUCUAUUAAAAUCCGGAGCUGCUUGUGAUGCAGAUGGUGUCCAGAGUGGUCCACUCUCUGAUCUGUUCUCUGACUCUAGAGACUUUGAAGACAGUUUCCAGUUGGAUACUCAGACUGAGAAGAUAAUAAAACAGGAGGAGGCAGUUGGAAUUGCAGGAGAGCAGGGAAAACGAGGUUCAGAGCUGGCAGCAUUACAGCUGCAGGAAAUCUCUGAGAAACUAAGCUGUGCUAGCACUUCACAGGCUGAAAAUGCUACUUCUGAAAGGCUGGUUGCAGAGGUUAGGAAACUGGGCUUAUCGAGUCUUGCCACAACAAAUAACAUUAUAAAAACCACAGAUCACCACUGCAGUAAUAAAGUUAGGGAAUCUGGAAGCCUUAAUUUACAGCCUGUGGCGAAGGAAACAGAAUCUGCACCUCGCCUUAAAGGAAAUGAUUUCUCAGUGACUGACUCCCAGCUGCACAGUUUUUUACAGGAUUACCAGACCCAAAAUUCAGUGAAAGGGGAGUGUGCUUCUAAAGGCCGUAAUAAAACAGCCUCUCCUGUUGGUGGGCAGCACCUUGUACAAGUAGAAUGCCAUCCUGUCCCUGAAACAAGCCUGAACAUGAGUGAUAGCUUGCUGUUUGAUGAUAGCUUCAGCAAUGUCAAUGACCUUUCAGCUGUUCACAUCAUGGAGGCUGACAGAGAAGAACCUGGGGCGAAGCAGGGGGCUUUGGUUCCCCUAGAUGGUCUUUUGCAGAACCUAAGACCUGUUCAGAAUAGAUUUGAUGUCAGUGGCAAUCACAAAGAGCAUGAGGAUCCUGCACAGUGUAACAAUGUGUCUCUAGCCUUCUCUGAUCUAAUAGCUGAAGUUUUAGAUCAUGCAAAUUCCCCAUCUUUUCAGGGAGAUCUUCCAUCUACAGUUCAUGGUCGGUCAGGAUUAAGAAACCCAGUGAUUUGCAAUGAUGAUCCCAGACCAAUGGACUUAGUGGGGGCUCAAAGUGAGACGCUCCAAAGAAGCCAACUAGCUUCAGACAAGAAAGUCUAUCCAGGGGUGUGGACUGACUGCACAUUUGAACUCAGCCCAGGAUUGCAGGAUGUAUUAGACAAAUGGCCUAGUUCUUCAGGCAUUGAACCAGUUUCAAUAAGUCCAAGAAGCUCCUGUUGGAAAGGAAAAUUGGUUGCUUCUAACACUAAUCGAGAGCCAGCUCCAGUUUUUGAAUUUGAGUGUUGUCAGCCAGAGCCUUUGCCCACGUGCCAGAAUUCAAAAAACUGUUUCAAAGGUAAAGAAAACAAAAUGGGAGCCUUGGAUGCUCAGAAAUUAGAUUGUAUCACUCUUCCGCUCAAGGGAAGUGGCAGAACAUCUGAUCCGCUACCAGAUAGUAUUAAUGGGUUUAUUCCUCCAACACCCCCAAAAGAACUUUUUCCAAAGAGUUCUGUUUCCCUCUCUGUGAAAUCUGGAAAGAAGAGACGCAUCAGCUGCGCAAAUGAAGGGCAGCAGUUUCCAUCAAAGCAGAAUAGGAAGGGUGAUGGAGAGCAGCAGGUAAAAACACUGCAGUCGAAUGCUGGGAGUGCAGACCCAAUUGAGACUGAUGUAAAAGAUGAUUCUGUUAUAGACCAAGGCUUUUCACUGCAGCUGUCUCAGGAUGUUUUGCCACGCGUUCCAUUAAGUGCUGAAAGCUUCACGAUUAUUGAUGUAGCAAGUGACAAAGCACUUUUCCAGACUUUUAUUGCAGAAUGGAGAGAGAAAAGCAGAUUCUCCAUCUCGGUAGCAUGUGAAAGAACAAAACGUCUUUUGUCUCCCAGAUCAGCAAUUGGUGGCAGGUUCAGAGAAGUUAAAUCACCUCAGUGGAUGCAAGUUAAAGAUGACGGAUUUCCUGUCCAAGGCUGUGAAGGCAUCUUGGUAGUUGGACUGGCAGUGUGUUGGGGUGGAAAAGAUGCCUACUAUAUCUCUUUGCAGCAGAAACAAGACCAGAUGGAAAUCAGUAUGAGCUUGGCACCACCACCUUUGGACGAAAGCCUGUCUGUAACAGAGAGACUGUAUUAUCUGCAGCUGUACCUGCAGAAUAAAACAAAGCAGGAGCGCUCGCUUAUCAUGUACAACUUCAUUCAGCACUACAAGACCCUGGUGAUGGCUUGUGGCAUCUCCUUGGAAGGAAGUUUUGAGGACCCAAAGGUUGCGUGUUGGCUGCUUGAUUCUGGCUCUAAGGAGCGUACGCUUCACAACAUGGUGACGAACUUUCUCCCUCACGAGCUACCCCUACUGGAAGGGGUAGGCACUGGCCAGGGGGUGCAGAGCCUGGGGCUUAGUGCCAGUACGGAUUGUUCUGGGCGGUACAGAGCAGCUAUAGAGUCUGUGCUUAUCUUCAAUGUCAUGAACCAACUCCAUAAUGAAUUACAGAAGGAAAAUCUGACAGAUGUGUUUUCUAAAGUGGAGAUGCCCACCCAUUAUUGCUUGGCUCUGCUGGAGCUGAAUGGCAUUGGUUUUAGCACAACAGCAUAUGAAACCCAGAAACAGGUCAUGCAAGCUAAACUGAAUGAGAUUGAGACCAAGGUGUAUCAGCUUGCUGGCCACAGCUUCUCCUUGACCAGCCCUGAUGAUAUCGCAGAGGUUUUGUUCCUGGAGCUGAAGUUGCCGCGAAACGGAGAUGUGAAAAUUAAAGGGAACAAGAAAACUCUGGGUUGUGCCAGAAGAGCAACUGCUAAUGGGAGCAGGGUUAGGCUGAGUAAGCAGUUCAGUACAACCAAGGAUGUUUUGGAGAAAUUAAAGGCGCUUCACCCAUUGCCAGGGCUGAUACUGGAAUGGAGAAGGAUCAACAAUGCCAUUACUAAAGUGGUGUUCCCACUACAGAGGGAAAAGCGUUUCCAUCCUGCACUAGGAAUGGAGAGGAUAUAUCCAGUGUCACAGACUCACACAGCUACAGGUCGAAUAGCCUUCACAGAGCCAAAUAUCCAGAAUGUGCCAAGAGACUUUGAGAUAGAAAUGCCAAUCGUGGUUGAAGAGAGCCCACCCUCCCAAGCCCAGGGAAAUGGUUUUUCUCGUGCUGUUUCUGGAGGAAGAGGUAAAAAACAUUCCCGUGCUUUGCCUGAUGGCUCCAAGGCUCAGGCUGAAGACAGAGCUGAAGAAAGAGGAAUCCCAUUUUCUGUUAGCAUGAGGCAUGCUUUUGUUCCUUUCCCAGGUGGCUUAAUCUUGGCUGCUGAUUACUCUCAGCUUGAACUGAGGAUCCUUGCUCACUUGUCUAGUGACUGCCGACUCAUUCAAGCCUUGAGCGGAGGUAUUGAUGUCUUUAAGAGCAUUGCAGCGGAAUGGAAAAUGAUUGAUCCUGAAGCUGUUGGAGAUAGCAUCAGGCAACAAGCUAAGCAGAUUUGCUAUGGAAUCAUCUAUGGAAUAGGAGCAAAAUCUUUAGGCGAGCAGAUGGGGAUUGAUGAAAGUGAAGCUGCCGACUACAUUGAGUCCUUCAAAUCCAGAUACACAGGGAUUCAGAAGUUCUUGAGGGAGACGGUGCGGAGCUGCAAAAGAGAUGGGUUUGUGCAGACUAUUCUUGGGAGACGGAGAUAUCUGCCAGCUAUCACAGAUCCAAACCCCUACAGUAAAGCUCAUGCAGAGCGACAGGCUGUGAAUACAACUGUUCAGGGAUCUGCUGCUGACAUCGUCAAAACAGCCACCGUGAACAUUCAAAGGCGCCUGGAAGGUUUCUCCUCUGCGAUCAAGUCCCAUGGACAUCUGGAGAGCUCAUUCCAGAGGGAUAAGACUGGAAGGCUAGAGGGGAAGAGAAGCAGAGGGAUGUUACCUCCUGUCAGUGGAGCUUUCUUUAUUCUCCAGCUCCAUGAUGAGCUCCUCUAUGAAGUCGCAGAGGAUGAUGUCAUCCAGGUAGCUCAGAUUGUCAAGCAUGAGAUGGAAAAUGCCGUCAAAAUCUCGGUAAAGCUGAAUGUUAAAGUGAAAAUUGGACCUAGCUGGGGGGACCUGCAGGACCUGGAGCUUUAGACGUGAAAUGCAGCUUUCUUGCCUGUGAUGAAGCUGAGCGCACCAUGGACUGGACAGAGCAAGUGCCAGAGUACUCACAGACUCACAGGCAGUGAUGGACCUGUGCGCGGUGCCAUCCUCUUGCGUCCUCUUUUUGCACAUAUCAUUACAAACUGCCUUCUGAAGUGUGUCAAGGAAGCUGGUAUGAAUUCACCAAGCCAAACCGCUCAAAGGUCAAACUGUGCAGUGAAGCACGUUUUUAGAACUCUGAAGUUAUUAAUUGCUGAAGCGUAAUAUUUAAAUUAUUUUAUGUUAAAAUAUGCUUGUUCUUGUAAUUUAAAAAAAAAAAAAAAAAAGCUCCAAAGCCUAAUGGAUUUUCUACACCUGAAAUGAACUAGAAUACUUUACUAAAACAAAGUGCAAAGAUUGUUUGGAAGUGGAUGGGUAUAACUGUGCAUAGGACAAGAAUAAACUGUCAUUGUGUUUGCAUGUAAUGUUGAAUUUACAGGCCUCUGCGAGGAUCAUUCUGUAAUGAAUUCUGCAGGUGAUAUCAAAGUGUGGAAAUGGCUUUACAGCUGGCUGUAUUUCUUGGUGACUAGCUGUGCAGUGUUCGCAGUAAGUGGAACUGUGCUUGGUUGGCCUUGAAAGUGCUUUGCUGACUGACUGGUGUAAUUCUUCCUUCUGUUGCUGCCUGGCAAACUGGCCGUGAGAGGGAUAGUGUUUGGACUCCUUAUAGUUGACACAAAACCAUCAGCAGAAACAUUCAUUUUAAAGAAUAAAAUCCUGAACUCCAA